AUGAGUGCUAUUGAUAGUGUCAAUGUGGAUCCCAAUGCGUAUGACCUCGAUAAUGCUGACGGCAGUAUCGAUGAGGGUCUGUAUUCCCGUCAGUUAUAUGUCCUCGGAAAAGAGGCCAUGUUGAGGAUGCAGCAUGCCAACGUGUUGAUCAUUGGUCUACAAGGUCUGGGAGUUGAAAUCGCGAAGAAUGUUGUGCUUGCAGGUGUCAAGUCUCUCGAUUUGUAUGACCCGGCGGCGGCAGUCCUGCAAGAUUUAUCCACACAGUUUUUUCUCACAGAGGCAGAUUUGGGUAAACCAAGAGAUUGCGUGUCAAGAGAUAGAUUGGCUGAAUUGAACUCUUAUGUGCCAGUAAAGGUAGUAGAAUCUUUGCAAGAUGAGGAAACGUUACAAAAAUAUCAAGUCAUUGUUGCAACAACCACAGUGUCCUUACAGGAAAGAAUCCAACUGAACAACUAUUGCCAUGCCAAACAUAUUAAAUUCAUUUCCACGGAAACAAGGGGGUUUUUUGGUAGUGUCUUUGUUGAUUUCGGUGAAAACUUUACUGUUUUGGACUCAACAGGCGAAGAGCCAAGAACGGGUAUUGUGUCCGACAUUGAACCCGAUGGAACCGUCACCAUGCUUGACGAAAACAGGCACGGUCUCGAAGAUGGUAACUUCGUCAAAUUUUCUGAAGUGCAAGGACUCGAGAAACUCAAUGACGGUACUCUAUUCAAAGUUGAAGUUUUAGGGCCGUUUGCAUUCAAAAUAGACCCUGUUUCACAAUAUGGUAAAUAUAAAAAGGGUGGCAUGUUCACUGAAGUUAAAGUUCCAAAACAGGUGUCUUUUAAAUCCCUUCAGAAUUCCUUAGCCGAACCAGAAAUUGUUUUUUCAGAUUUCGCCAAGUUGGAUAGAUCAGGUCAAUUACAUUUAGGCUUUCAAGCUCUAGAUCAAUUCGCUUCCGAUCAUCAAGGCACAUUACCAAGACCUUUAAACGAUCAAGAUGCUGCUGAAGUGAUCAAAUUGACGGAAGAUUUAGCUUCUACUUAUCCAUCUGUUUUGGGCGGAUCCGAUGUUUCAGUUGAUAAAGAAUUGAUAAAAGAGUUGGCGUUCCAGGCAAGAGGUGACAUUCCUGGUAUGGUAGCUUUCUUUGGUGGUUUAGUCGCACAGGAAGUUUUGAAAGCUUGUUCAGGUAAAUUUCAACCUUUGAAACAAUUUAUGUAUUUCGAUUCUUUGGAAUCAUUACCAGAUCCUAAGAGUCACAUCAGAACUUUAGAGUCUACGAAACCUAUCAAUUCUCGUUACGAUAAUCAAAUUGCCGUUUUUGGUCUUGACUUUCAGAAAAAAAUUGCAAAUUUGAGAGUUUUCCUGGUGGGCUCUGGGGCUAUUGGUUGUGAAAUGCUCAAGAAUUGGGCUCUCAUGGGAUUAAGCUCUGGAUCUAAUGGUAGCGUUAUCGUAACCGAUAAUGAUUCUAUUGAAAAAUCCAACCUAAAUCGUCAAUUUUUAUUUAGACCAAAAGAUGUCGGGAGAAACAAAUCUGAGGUCGCUGCAGAGGCAGUCUGUUCAAUGAAUCCAGGUUUGAUUGGUAAAAUUGACUCUAGAAUUGAUAAAGUGGGUCCCGAAACGGAAGGCCUGUUUGACGAUGCAUUUUGGGAGAGUCUUGAUUUUGUUACAAAUGCAUUAGAUAAUGUGGAUGCACGUACGUACGUUGAUCGUCGUUGCGUUUUCUACAGGAAACCUUUGUUAGAGUCCGGUACCUUAGGUACAAAGGGCAACACGCAAGUGGUCAUUCCAAGAUUAACGGAAUCGUAUUCCUCCUCUAGAGAUCCACCAGAGAAGUCGAUUCCCUUGUGUACUUUGCGUUCAUUUCCUAAUAAAAUUGAUCAUACAAUUGCAUGGGCUAAAUCCCUUUUUCAAGGUUAUUUUACAGAUGCUCCCGAGAAUGUCAACAUGUACUUAACGCAGCCUAAUUUUGUUGAGCAAACUUUAAAGCAGAGUGGUGAUGUUAAAUCUAUUCUAGAGAAUAUUAAUGACUCGUUAAGCAAAAGACCAUUGAGCUUCGAUGAUUGUAUUAUAUGGGCGAGAUUAGAAUUUGAGAAAAAGUUCAAUCAUGAUAUCAAACAGUUGUUGUAUAAUUUUCCCACAGAUGCGAAGACAUCAAAUGGUGAACCUUUUUGGUCCGGGCCUAAACGUGCUCCUACUCCUUUGAACUUCGAUAUAUCAAAUCCUGAUCAUUUUGACUUCGUUAUAGCCGGUGCAAAUCUGCGAGCAUUUAACUACGGACUGAAAGGUGACGUAAAUAUGCCCGAUAAAACUCAUUACGCGAGGGUGAUAGAUAGUAUGACAAUUCAAGAGUUUUCUCCAAGAUCUGAUAUCAAAAUUCAAGUAAAUGACGAAGAUCCUGAUCCAAAUGCAGAUAAACAAGAUUCAGGCGACUCCUUAUCCUCAUUGGCAGCGGAACUUCCUGAUCCUUCAUCUUUGGUAGGGUUUAAACUAGAUCCUGUGGAAUUCGAGAAAGAUGAUGACACGAAUCAUCAUAUUGAGUUUAUAACUGCCUGUUCAAACUGCAGAGCUCAAAACUACUUCAUUGAAACAGUUGAUAGACAAAAGACUAAAUUCAUUGCAGGUCGUAUUAUUCCUGCAAUAGCUACUACAACCUCUUUGGUAACUGGACUUGUCAAUUUGGAACUAUACAAAGUCGCAGAUGGAAAAACAGAUAUUGAACAAUACAAGAAUGGCUUUGUUAAUCUAGCGCUUCCAUUCUUUGGGUUCUCCGAACCUAUUGCUUCGGCUAAAGCAAGUUACAACGGUAAGACAUACGAUAAAAUAUGGGAUCGGUUUGAUAUACAAGGUGAUAUCAAAUUAGCCGAUUUGAUCAAACACUUUGAAGAAAAGGAAGGGUUGGAAAUUAGCAUGUUAUCGUACGGGGUGUCAUUAUUAUAUGCUUCCUUUUUCCCACCCAAGAAGCUGAAGGAGAGAAUGAACUUUACGAUCACUCAGUUGGUCAAAUUCAUCACAAAAACAGAGGUACCACCUCACGUUCGUACCAUGAUUUUAGAAAUUUGUGCUGAUGAUAAAGAAGGUGAGGAUGUAGAAGUACCAUAUAUUACUAUUCACUUGUAA